AUUUAAUGGCACCUAAAUUUUUUCCCUCCACCCUCUUGUUACCGGUUUACUGCUGGCCAUAGUUAGUCGGUUCUCAGAGCAAUGCCAGAAGCAGUUAAGGAAGUAGUUGCAGAAGUUUCUCAACCAGCGCUUAAAGAAAAUUCCCCUGAUAAAUUGCCAUGUAAAGAAGUGAAGCCUGCUGAAGCUUCAUCUGGUACACUUCCAGCUGACGAGGAAACUACAAAAGAUGCUGGUGAAGGUGCUGUUGCACCAGACCUAGGACAAGGUGAAGCUCCAGAGCAAGGAAAAAGUGAAGAAGCUCCUGAGCCAAAAAAAAGUGAAACUCCAGAGCUAGGAAAAAGUGAAGCUCCAGAGCAAGGAAAAGGAAAAACUGAAACUACUGGAGAGUCAAAGGAUGAUUCAGUGGAUAAUAAAAAUGAUAAUUCUGAAAAGGAAGUUAAAGAAAAUUCACCAGAUGACAAAACUGUAUCAGACAAAUCUGAUGCUAAAAAAGAUGUUGCCGUUAAAGAAGAAAAGACAGUUGAAGAGUCAAAAGAAGUUAAUUCAGAUGAGAGUAUAAGUCAAGAGUCGAAGCAGUCUAGCCCUGAAGAAUGUAGAAUCGAAGAAUCAAAGCAAGCUAGUCCUGAACAAAGCAAAACAGAAGAAUCCAUGGAAACUCAAACAUCUGAAAAAAUUCAUGACCAGGAUUCAACUGCCGAAAAAGCAACUUGUGAGAAGAUUCCAGUAGAAGAAGGCUCUGAUAGUAAAGAUGGGAGUAAACUUAAGCAGACUGAGCCUAUUGUAGAUCAAAACGAAUCGAAAGAAGCAGAAACAAAACAAAAAGAUGAAUCUAUGGAUACCAAUCCUGAAGAAAGCAAUAAAAAUGAAGAUGCUAAGGCAAUUGACAAUGUAGUAGAAAAGCAGGAAUCAGUCCCUGAACCUAGUAAAGAUAAUGCUGUGGAACCAAUGGAAGAGACAAUGGAUUCCUCUACCCAAGAAAAACAAACAAAGGAAACUAUAGAAGAAAAGUGUGAACAAAACAUUGAAACCAUGGAAACUUCCAGUCAGGAUCCCAAAAAUUCUGAACAGAAAUCAUUAGCAGAAAAUAAUGAAAAUUGUAACAAAUCUGAUAAAAAAGAAGAAAAUAAGGAAGUAAAACAAAUAGAAAGCACUAAAAUGGAAGAAGUGACUGAUAAAUCAACAUCUGAAGAACAGAAACUUUCGAGUGAGUCUUUGCCUAUUUCAGGAGGAAAAAAGGAAGAAGACAAAUUAAAUGAUGAGACUUCUCAGGAGAAUGCUUCUGCUUCAGAUGUUAAUCCAUCCACAAAAGAAAAUGAUUCAUUGGUAGAAAAGUCCUCUAGUGGUGUUGCUGUUACAUUAGACAAGAGUACAGAUAUUAAAUCAGAUGGUUCUGAAAAAUCAAGUGUUAACGAAGAGAAAGAUUCUACAGAAACUAAGAAAGAAUCAGAAAAACAAACAGACUUACCUCUAGAAAAUGGUAAUGCUGAUGGUUCAGGAUCUUCAAAACAAGUCGAUGCUGAAUCAGCUGAAGAAAUAAAGCGUCAGGUAAGGGAAGGAAAAGGUUUACUGGCAACUGGAGAUUACUUCACUGCUGCUGAUAUUCUUGGCAAAGCCUGUGAAGCAGCUGGUAAACUUUAUGGUGAUUUAGCUAAUGAAAAUGCUGAACUAUAUUAUUUAUAUGGUUCUGCAAUGCUGGAAUGUGCUAAGAAUGAAAACAAUGUUCUUGGUGAAGGAGUAAAAGAGAAAGAUGAUGAGGAAGGGGCUGGCGAAGAUACUCAAGACAUUGAGGUUAAUGGAGAUGAGCAAAUGGAGACGGAAGAAAAUGUUGAUGGUGAAGAGGAAAAAAUGGCUGUAGAUUCAGAUGAAACUGCCAAGGACAAGGAAACAGCAGAUAAAACCACUGAAAAGGACGACUCAGAACAGUUAAAGACUGAAAAUGGUCUAGAUGAAGAAACUAAAACGACAAAAGAAAAUAGUGAUGAAGAAGAAGAUAGCUCGUUAAAGGUUGCAUGGGAAAUGUUUGAAUUGGCCAAAAUAGCAUUUACUCGUAUGGGAAAUGAAGAGCGCUUAGCUGAUACUUAUGUAAAGCUUGCGGAAGUAGGAUUAGAGUCUGGUAAUCAAUCUGCUCUAGAAGAUAUGAAAGCCGCUCUUGAGCUUCGGAAGAAGUGUACUGCAAAUUCCAGACUUAUUUCAGAAACUCAUUUUAAUUUAGGUUUAGGAUUUGCUACUUUCGAAAUGUUUGAUGAUGCAAUAGAACAGUUUAAAUUAUCCAAAUCACUUCUUGAAGCAAAAAUUGAUUCCCUUUUAAAAGUUGAAGAGGGAAAGGCUAAAGAAGAAAUAAAAGACAUUAAAGAACUCCUACCUGACUUAGAAGAGAAAAUACAAGAUAUGCAGGAUUCGAAAGAAACCAAAUUAAAGCAUGUCCAAAAUGGAGAAACAUCUUCUGUAGAAGCGAAACCUGAAGUUAGUAAACCUGUUUCCAAUAUCACCCAUCUUGUUAAAAGGAAAAGGAAGCUAGAAGAUGUUGCUUCAGAUCUUCUUCCCAAUACUAAACAGCCAUGUACUGAAAAAAUUGUUGAAUCAGAGGAAUCUAAAAAAUAAAGUUUUCCCUGAAUUAUGUUUAAUCGAGUUUAGGUCUACAUUUAAACGUUACAUUAUGUAUUUUAUAUUAGGCCUUGUAAACAAGGGUCAUAUGGUUCUGGAUAUUUUGACUUAUCUAUGUUACGAUAUAAUUGUACAUAGGCCGUGUUUUUUUUUCUGAUAAGUCUGAUUCUUUUUUAAGGCUUUUGUUUCUUAUCUAAAUUGGAAAGAUUUUAAAAUACGCGUAAUAGUUAUUUUUAAGACUGUUAGGAUUCGAAAAUAGAUCUUUCAAGUGAUGUAAUUGUGAUUUUUUGUUCCUAUUUAUUUUUAUUAUUACAUUUUACAUAUAGUUAGCUUAAGUUCUAUGUGUAUCCAUUAAUGUUAAUACCACAACUUCUUAAGACGUUUUUACUAUUUUUAUAAGUGCUUUUCUAUUAAUAAAUGUUUUUACAUA